AUGGUCCGGGAUCACCUGAUCCAAGCAGCCCCAGAUGCGGCUUUCCACCACAACGCCUUAAAGUUGGAGGACCCGUCGCUAGAUCAAAUCAUAGAACUUGCAUUAAAGUUUGAAGUUUCCACUGGAGCUGAGCGCAGAUUGGAAACGUGGACCGACGUCGCAGCCAUCCGAGAAGAUUCAUCCGACGUCCAGGAGGACGUCGCGGCCAUAUACGCACCUUCACGCCGCACUCCCCAGCGCCACACUCCGGCAUCUUCUCGUCGUAUUGAAAAGAAGAAGAGAGGGUCGUUCCAGGAAGACAAUCAGCAGCCGCCGCCGGGCCAGCAACGCCGCCGCAGUGAAGCCCUGCGCCUUCCAUCUUGUCCGGGAUGCUACUCCCAGCAUGAACGCGAGGAUUGCCCUGACCGCUGGGCGACGUUCCGCCGUUGCCGUAGGGACGGGCACCUGGUAUCUGCCUGUCACUCUGCCACGGCGCCAAUCUCCAGGCGCUACGACACCGAGGCGUCCAUGGACAUCAACCAAGUUGGGUCUUCGGCGUCCCCCAAACUGUAUAUUGAUGUCACCAUAUUGGGUAAGCCAGUUCGAAUACACGUCAAUACAGGGGCUGCAGUAUCCCUGCUCAAUUACACUACCUACACCGUUUUAGGAGCGCAAAGCCUGCAACUGGCUCCUGGACGCCUCCUUACGUACAACUGA